AACUGCCGUCCUGUGGUCGGUGUGUCAAGUACGUGGAAACUGACGGGACCUUACACAAUAAUCCACAUUGCUGACACGCAAUACUAUAGAAGUAAGAAUAAAUGCGCUUAUGAAAAUAGUCUACAUGAAAGAUCAGGCUUCAUGCCAAUAGACGGACUAUUGAACGGCCUAGCAGGUGCCGGCGGUCUAGAUGCCCUCAUAACAACCCAGACAUUACAAGACCUGGCAACCAGCCCUCUGCAAAUAGUUAGAAAUUACGCUCGUACCAUUGACAAAUGGUUGCCUAUUAUCAAGCUUCCCCGCUUGACAGACCGGCUAGAAGCGGCGUAUCGAGACAGGCCAAUCGCUCUGCGGGCGAAUACCACUGCAUUGCUGCUGUCCAUGCAGCUGUCCAUGCAAUCACCAGCGAGUGAAGGCAACAUGGGUAACCCAGGGGCCCAUAACAGACUUUAUGCACAGUGCCAAUUCAACUUUGCUCUGCUGCAGGUGUCGAAGCCGUCUGCUCUUGAAACAAGGCAAUGCGGACUUUUACUCGCAGUUUACCAACUGGGAGCUGGGUUGAUAUCGGACGCUUAUAUAACAUUAUCUACGACUGCAGGAAUUAUUCGUGUCAACAAGUUGCCAUUGUCUCAUCUUGAUGGCCCGCACAAAGAAAGUGACAAUGAAGCGAAGAGAAUAUGGUGGGGCGUUUUCCUAUUGGAUCGACUAAUUGCCCAAUCCAAUUGGAAAGCAAGUUACUACCCUCUGAUUAUGGAGGAACCAGCCUGGUCUGCCGAACUGCCAAACGAAGACAGUCCGAACAAAGUACUGAUCCGGAUGCAAGACAUAGACGGACAGGAAUGUGAAUAUUUUUGUCGUGAAUUACAGGCUGCAUAUCUUGCAGGCCAAGUUAUGGAAUAUAUCCGCCAUGAUAAUGAUGAAGAAAAGCAUGGGUUAGACUGGAAUGAACUCAUGGCUGGGCUGACAAGAUUGCUAAACACUUUGUUCGCACAAGCACCGGGAUCUUGGAGGCCAUCUUGCGGUGCUAUUGCUAUGGUCAUUAUAGCGACUCUGGACCUUCAUCUCUCUAGCUUGGGUGCAAAUGACCCGGGAGCUUCACAGCAGUUGCCAUCAUCCGUAGAGGCAUCAGCGUCAACGGUCCGAAUGAACACGGAAAUAGUUACUAAUUCUCUAGCCGAUAAUGACCAGGCAAUCUAUGACCUUCUCCCCAUCGCGGGAGUUAUUGCGAAUUAUCGCACUUCGCAGGUCAUUUGCCGUCGGGCAGAGGCUAGCCAAUCGUUGACAAUUGAAGAUCGAUUUGCCUUGACAACGAUGACAAAAGCCCUGCAACGUGCCAAACUUCGAUGGGGCUUGGCUGGACCAGCAAGACGAACAUUUGACACGUCCCAAUCUCAAUUGAAGCAGUCGACUCUUAUCAAUAAGUGCAAAACUCGCCAAUUUUUAAGCCAUUGCCUACUACCACAAUGUCACCUUAUAAAAACAUCGCACUUGUUGGGGUAUGGACUUGCACCUUGUUAUUUGUUCUUUGAGCAAACAUUGACGGAUGAACAGGCAGCCGGAAAUGUCGGCCAGGCCAUUCUCAACGCACUCCUCGCGUCGCCUGCCAACUUUAAUAUCACGCUUCUUGUUCGGGCUGAAUCAACAUCCACAAUACCUCAGGCGAGCAACUCUGCCAUAAAGAUCCUAAAAGGAGAUUUCAACAAUCGGGCUUUUCUACAAAGCUCUGUGACCGGCCAAGAUGCUCUAGUAUUUGCCUUGAGUUCAACCCCGACUAGCUUCGAGCUACAAAACACCCUGUCCGAUGUUGCGGCAAAGGCUGGCGUGAAACGGAUCAUUCCUAGCGAUUUUGGUAGCGACGUUACAAACCCUGCUAUCGUCGAAGCUGUCCCCCCUUACCAAGCAAAAGUUGACGCUACAAAGUACCUGGAAACAGUUGUUGCCGAGAAUCCCUCCACAAGUUGGACUGCCGUGAUCAAUGGACCAUUUUAUGACUGGUGCCUCGAACGAAACCUAUAUGGCUUCAAUCCGAAAGCGCGUACUGCAGUGCUAUAUGACAACGGAGUUGGUAGAUUCGAUACCACCAACCUGUCCACUGUUGGACAUGCUGUUGCGAAAGUGCUUACUAUCCCGAAUAAGUUUCAGAACGAGUACGUCUACGUCUCUGAGUUCACUGUGUCUCAAAACGACAUAUUCGAUGCUCUACUCGGAAUAACCGGCAUCAAACGCGAGGACUGGAAAAUUGAGCAUCGCACUGCGGAAUCACUGAAAUCCCAAGGCUUGGAUAAGCUAGCAAAGCAAGAUUUCACCGGAGUGUAUGAUUUGAUUUUCGCUGCCAUCCACCAGCCAGGACUGGGCUCGGACUUUUCGGCUACUCGCAAGCUGGACAACGACGUGCUGGAGGUGGUCAAUGGAGACCUUUUCGAGGCCACCCGAAAGAUUGUCGAGUAA